CGUUUCCCACCUCUCCUUCUCCCCCAAACCCACAACCCUAGCUAAAAAUCUCACGACCCAAUCUUGCUAAAGAGCGGAUCGGAGAACUCUAGCCACCAGCAUCGCCUCCCGCAAGUUGACCGGCGGCUCCUCCUUCGCUACUUCUUUUUCGCAUCUGGCGACUCCUUCUGCUACUCCUCAUGCUCCUGUUCCUGCUCCGUCGACAACGAACUGGCCAAUGAGUCCAAAUCACUCACGUAUAGGCGGCGGAUGACGAGAAUGAGCAAGACAACCAUGGAUCUAGGUUCCCAGGGGAUUCUGUUCUCGAUGAUUGAUUCCCCCAAAAUGGCGAAAGUAGUCUCGUCCAACCGCUUCUCGUUGGUAGGGAUAUGGGAAUCGGUCCAAACUGCGGUGAGAGCUUCGGGUUAUGGGAUCCGCGUAGUAUGCUUGAGCAAUUAUGAGGAGGAUCUACUUAUUUCGUGCCAGAUUCAGAGCGAGGAAGGGGUGAAGAAAGCCAAUGAGAUUGGAGCACUUACGAUAGAGACGCGCAAAGUGCUCGACAACCAUUCCUUUGUAUUUUGAUUUCAUUUUGCAAUUGGUUGCUAACCCUUUGUUUUGCAGAUCUUUUGGUUGUUGAUUUCCCCUUCGUCUGCCACAUCCCUUGACUAAUUGUUUACUUCGUUUAUUUCUAGUUUUGUUUUUUGCUUCCAUGCUUUAAUUGAAAGGAAGAAGGUUCUGCAAUUGGUUGCUCUAACCCUCACCCUGUUUAGUUUUUGUUCUGGUGAUCCAUAUUUGCCUCUUACAAUUUUCUUUGUGUCUCUCAAUAGGGCUACAUUAUGAGUUAUGACUAAACAGUCCCUUAUGACUACAACUUUCAAAAUAUUGUAAGCUCUUAUCCUCUAUCGUAUUUGUUGCUAAUCAAUUAAACUAUUACUAUGAAACUAAUGGCCUUGUUUACCUUGGUCUUAUGUAAAUUGUAAAAUCUACCGCUGUUUGAAAUUAUGGAAGAGCAAUCCUGCAAAAUAGCUUGUCGGGCAACACUCUUUUGAUUUCAGCAUCCUUAUCUUGGGUUAAUUGCCAGUAUAUGAUAACUUUUAUGGAAGAAAAUGAACAUUAUAUAACCAUGCUAACAGUUUAGAGAUGGGUGUGCAUGAUACUAGAUAAUCUUCCUAUUGUUGUCCCAAGACAGAGGAGGCAUGGUGGUCAGUCAACUACUUAGGAGCAUAGUUUCCGAAUUUGGUUCAAAGGAAAAUGGUCAUGUCCACACUUUCCUUCCUUACUGCUGCCUCUACACCCUGCCCACUCCCUCGCCACAUCUAGACGUGGGAGCUGCAAGCAGAGUAUCACUACUCGAGGCGGACGAGGUGAGGCAAGAGGCGGCGAGGGCAGUAGCAGGGUUAUUCUCGCAGGAGCUUCCCCCACCGGGGCGCUGUCCCUUUGGUGGUGGGACGAGCGGGCUGGCCACGGAUUUGAAGAUGGAGUUUGCGGAUUGUAGGAGAGGAGUAGACAGCUGCUGAAGCAAAUAUAAAGCAGCACACUAAAGCUACAGGAGGUGGUGUGAACCAGCAAUGACCACCGUUCGGAUACUUUGGCAUGGAUUAGCAGCGACCAACAGCUGGGAUAUUUUGGCAUGGAUUGUGGUGUUGAUUGUGGUUAGUUUGAGAAUAAAAAAUGAAUGUUAUCUUACAAUAUUAGAGUAAAUUCUAGCUUUUUAGACACAGAAUUCCUUGGGCAUGAACAAUGAAUGUUCUUGUUUUCGUUUUCCUAGGUGUAUAUACUACUUUCAAAAAUUGUAAAUGUUAUAGUUGGAAACAUGUUCGGUUAGUGACCUAUUAUGUAUGGUUUUAUGUACAAGGAUGUUCCUAUUAAUAACGUUUGUUAAAUUAUUACUCUUCUUAUAAGAAA